AGUUGUGCACAUGAUGAUGGUCGAAGAUCUUGGUAUUGAAGCUAAAGAAGCUGCAGUGCGCGAGGUCGCAAAGCUGUUGCCACUUCCGGAGCUUCUGCAAUCCAUUUCCUCAAUCAAAGCCGAUUACAUUGCUCGCCAACAGGCAAAUGAUGCACAGCUCAGUACGAUGGUUGCUGAACAGGUUGAACAAGCUCAAGCUGGUCUAGAAUCACUUUCCUUCUCUCAAAAGACAAUAAACCAGCUUCGUGGGAACUUUGUUUCGAUUGAGAAGCUAUGCCAAGAAUGCCAAACAUUAAUUGAAAAUCAUGACCAGAUAAAACUCCUUAGUAAUGCGAGGAAUAAUUUAAACACCACUCUAAAGGAUGUGGAGGGAAUGAUGUCAAUUUCUGUCGAAGCUUCUGAAGCUCGUGAUUCUUUGAGUGAUGAUAAGGAACUCAUUAACACUUUCGAGAGGUUAACAGCUCUAGAUGGAAAGCGGAGGUUUGCAUUAGCUACUGCAGGAUCUCACAAAGAAGAAGUUGGUAGACUAAGGGAAUAUUUUGAAGAUGUUGAUCGCACUUGGGAGACAUUUGAGAAGACAUUAUGGGAUCAUAUUCGCAACUUCUUUAAACUUGCUAAAGAAAGCCCACAAACUCUUGUUCGUGCUUUGAGGGUUGUUGAAAUGCAAGAAAUCCUUGAUCAGCAACUUGCCGAGGAAGCAGCUGAGGCGGAGGGAAGUGGUGCAAUGGCAUCAAUUACAAAUCCUCGCAGAACUGCCAAAAAAUCUACAACCGCGACUGCAUCUCCUAGAAAUCUUGCACAGCAGAAGUUGAAAAUUCAGGGUAAAGGCUACAAGGAUAAAUGUUAUGAACAAAUAAGGAAGUCUGUUGAAGAACGAUUUAACAAAUUGUUAAUUGAGGUCUGUCUUUCACACUUUUCUUUUUCCUGUAGUGAUUCGGCCUAAUUUUUUUCUUUUCUUUUC